UACAACAUCUCACGUCUCAAACUGCAAGUGAACACCCUUCUGCACGAUUUUCUCAUCCGCUGUACGCAUCUACUCGACGAGAUGGAUAGCAGUGAAGGAGGAUCCUCGUUAGAAUCGAUCCGCGACAGAUUGAACCAGGAAAUUACAAAAUCACGCACAGAAAUACUCAUUCAAGAGGCGGAAAUAACCGAACUACGCCAGGAACUGUUUCCCUCGGCGAUCAGCUUGAAGGAGCAACGGAAUGCAGCUAUUGAUAGGUUGGAAGUUCAGGAGUUGGACCUGGAGCAUCGGAUCCGAUCAAUCGAUCUACUGCAGACCGAUAUCCAGGGGUUGGAAAAACAGGUUGCCCACCUGAUUGAGGAACGGGAGAGGGUUCAUGAUCGACUGAUGGCCAAGCGGGAAGCUUUACGAAGUGGAAUACGCGAGGUUGUACGUUUGGAGAAGCUGAUCCAGAAGAUCGAGAAGGAGAUCUCGGAUCGCAUGGUGGAGUUUCAGGAGAAGUUGGAACAGCUGGAACUGAAAAGGUUGGCCAUACUGGAGGACGAUACCUUGACGGAGGAAGAACGAGCACGGUUGUUGGCCGAACUGGAAGGGGAGAUUGCAACGGUUCGUGAGAAACACGACGCAGAUCAGCGCCUCCUGAAGGAUAAGUGUGAAGAGGUGAAGGCCUUGUCAAGAAGUAUGAUCGAUGAUUUGGAUGCAUUCAGAGACGAGUUAACCCAGAAGCAUUUGGAUGAGAUCAGGGAGCUUGAGGAGCGGAAGAAGAAUGCGACGCCUUCGGAACUGGAGAUAAUCAACGCGAGAAUUGCCGAACUGCAAAGGGAGUUUGAGGAGAAUAUGGAAAUGUUGGGCAAGGCACAAGCAAGACCGAAGUUUUACGAAGAUGAGCGUGGAAGGUACUAUAUCAACGAAUUCGGACAGAAGGUUUAUCAGAGGGAAUCGGGAGCGUCGGAGUAUAUUCUAACAGAAGACGGUUGUUGGGAGAAGAUAAAAGAAGCAUUUGAAAAGCUGAUGGACGAGAAGGGUGAAUACUACAUUGAUAGUUUCGGAAGAAAAAUCUACACGAAAAGAUUCUUCGAAGACGAGUUUGGAAAGUACUAUAUUGACAGUGAUGGGAAAAGGAUAUAUCUGGAAGCUUCAAUGGCUAGUGGAAUCGAGAGUAGGAAAUUAUCUGAGGAAGUAGUUUCUCUGGGAAAUUUAAGCGAAGAGGUAAUGUCAGAUGAAAUAAUAUCAAUAGUCUCAGAAUUUGGAGUUUCUGAAGAAAUAAGAAGACAGCGUGAUUCUGAUGUUAAAUAUAUACAAGAUACAAUUGGAUUACCGUUGCGGAAAGGGCUUGCUCUCUCGUUCCUGCACCAGCCGGAGGAUCCGAUUGAGUUCCUCGCAGCAUUCUUGGUAAAGUACGACAAAGAUCAAAAGAAACAGGCGGAAAGAGUUCGUUUGAUGGAUGAGGUGAAAUGCAUGAAAGAAAACGCAAAAGCGAACAUUAGUAAGGAGGAAUCGUUCGAAGAUGUUUGCUGAGAAGUUUUUUCCUCGAAUCCUGCAGACAACUUUUCCCUCGAAAAUGCGGGUUGAAUUUAUCGUCUGAGUUUUCCACAUUUACCCCCAUAAAAGCACUGCUCUAAUCAGAUAAUAAACUUUAGCUCUGUUCUGUCGUAAAUAAAUUUGAAAAUGAUUAGGAAAGUUGCUUAUGCAAUUCUGGAUUUACUUUUAUCAGUUCAUUCAGAGCACGUCUUUUUCACACCAGUUGGUAUGUUCUGCCUAUUCGUUCAUGGUUCAUAAAAUUUUAAUUUGUUUGAAAAUUGAUGAUCAUCUGUCGAAUGAGGAAAAGACUACCUCACAGACAUACAGACAUAAAACAGGGCAUAGCACGCUAAGUUUUCAACCGUCAAUGUUCAUUAUGUCCGCUACAACACCUACCAACUAACACAAAUUUAAACAAACCCGUAAAUGAGUGAGCGAUGAACAUUAUUCGAAGCGUUAUGUUUGUUUGACUAUGGACAGCUUUUGUGUACAUUGUACA